AUGGAGGAAGCCACUUCUACAAGUGGACAGGUUGAAGUUUCCGACAGGGAACUCAAGAGGAUUCUAGAGAAGACCGUCAGUGUUUCAAGAAAGAACUGGUCUAGGAAGCUUGAUGAUGCUCUCUGGACAUACCGAACAGCUUACAAGACUCCCAUUGGCAUGUCCCCUUAUCAGUUGGCCUAUGGCAAAGCCUGUCACUUGCUAGUUGAGCUGGAGCAUAAAGCUUAUUGGGCAAUCAUGUAUCUGAAUCUUGGUUCAGAAGCUACAGGAAUUAAGCGAAUGCUUCAGUUGAAUGAGCUUGAUGAAUUCAGAUAUUCAGCCUAUGAGAAUUCCAAGUUCUAUAAGGAGAGAACCAAGUUAUUGCAUGACAAGAAGAUUGCCAUCAGAAUCUUUGAGCCAGGACAGAGAGAAGAGAAUUCUGACAGGAAAUUUACAAUGAAAGGCCAGAGGUUGAAGCACUAUCUUGGAGGCGAGAUCAAUCGCCAGAGGUCUGAUCAUCUGCUGAAUUAG